AUGACUUUCAGAUCCUGUAAGUCUCUAUCACCUGUCUUUCAUUUCAUAUACGACACUCACAGAAUCAAACAUAAUACACCCACAUUUUAUCAUUUUUUUGAAACCCAAUCAAUUGCAAACAACUCAAAUUUCACUGAGAAACAAGCUUUCACGAUCUCUUACCUCACAAAGUCAUGUCGGUUGUCUCUAGAAUUUGCUAUCUCAACUUCUAAGAAGAUCAACACUAAGAGCACAGAGAAACCGGACUCGGUUCUUGAGCUCCUAAGGUUGUGUGCCUUCACUGAAAAACACAUUCCACGCCUAAUUUCUACAUACCCAAAUUUUAUUUUGGUUGAUCCAGAGAGAACUUUGAGACCUAAAAUUGAGUACUUUGAAUCUUUAACCGUGUUCAAUGUUGAAAAAGUUAUGGUGCCAAAUAUCUAUUACACCUUGAGGGCUCAUAGUGUUCCUGAAUCCCAUAUUGGAAAAAUAAUCAUCUUAAAGCCUUGCGCACUAAUGUUGAGUGUUGAUGUAUUUAAAGAGGUUGCUGAUGCAGUUAAGGAAAUGGGUUUUGAUCCCAAAACUCGAUCAUACUUAUUGGUUGUUAGUUCAAUGUUGGCAAUUAGCAAACUCAAUUGGGAGAAGAAGAAGGAAGCUUAUAUGAGCUUUGGUUGGUCUGAAAGCGAUUUUAAUUCGGCAUUCAAAUUGGAACUGCUGUGUAUAAUUUCCUCAAAGAAGAAGAUUAGGAAAGUCAUGGAUUUCUUUGUAAACAAGGCGGGUUUGGAAAGUAGAAUCAUUCCAAGGUGUUCAGUUCUGCAAGUUCUGAUGUCAAAGGGUUUGAUUGGGAAGGAUGUAGAUGUGGUUUCAGUGUUGAAUUGUAACAAGAAGGUUUUUGAGACCAGGUUUUUGACCAAGUAUAAGGAGGUAACUCCUGAGGUAAUCAAAGCGUACAAGGGUGAGGUAGGAUUUCAAGGAUUCAAUACUGGAUUGUAUGACAAUGUGGAAUCAAAGAUGCGAGUAAAUGGAAGAUAUGCUGGCAACAGCAGAGAACUAACAAUAUGGUGUAUUUGA